UUUCAGUAUUUCUCGGUCUUCAGUCUCGAGCUCUAAGCUUCUUCAUCCAUCAAUAAGCAAAGGUUCUCUGCAACCUUUACAAAUACUCUCCAAGAUCAUAGACCCAUGAGCUUUCUCACUUACUCCAUGGCUUCUGCCUUCAAAUUUCCCUUCUUUCUGUUUCUCUUUUAUCAAGUUUUCAUUCCCAUUUGGGCUUCAGAUGAUGCAGAGAUUCUUCUUUCCUUCAAGUCCUCCAUUGAAGAUCCAAUGAACUCUCUCUCAACUUGGUCCAACACUUCUUUCACCCCUCUAUGCAACUGGACUGGAAUAACCUGCUCCCCCAGCCCUUCUUUCUCAGUCACUUCUCUCAAUCUCCAAGGCCUCAACCUUUCUGGCGAAAUCUCCACUUCAAUCUGUGAACUACCCAAUCUCUCUUAUCUUAACCUUGCUAACAACUUCUUCAACCAGUCCAUCCCUCUUCAUCUCUCUCAAUGUGGUGCUUUGGAGACAUUGAACCUCAGCAACAAUUUCAUAUGGGGAACAAUCCCAGAUCAGAUUUCUCAGUUUAUGUCCUUGAGAGUGCUGGACUUGAGCAGAAAUCGUGUGGAAGGGAAGAUCCCUUAUGGCUUAGUAUCUCUAAAGGGCCUACAAGUUCUCAACUUGGGGAGUAACUUACUUUCAGGUAUUGUCACUUCCUUUGUUUUUGGGAGCUUGACUGAGCUUGUGGACCUCGAUUUGUCUGAAAAUCCAUUAUUGUCGAGUGAGAUACCUGCAGAGGUUGGGAAUCUUGAUCAACUUCAGCGACUUCUGCUUCAGUCCUCUGGUUUCCAUGGUGAGAUUCCUGAUUCGUUUGUAGGUUUACGUCGUUUGGAGGUUUUAGACCUUUCUCAGAACAAUUUAACAGGUGGGUUUCCUCUAGGUCUCGGUUUUGGUCUUGAGAAUCUGAUAUCUUUUGACGUCUCUCAGAACAAACUAUCUGGUUCAUUCCCUUCUGGUAUCUGCCGUGGAAAAGGUCUGAUAAACUUCAGUGUUCAUACAAAUCUUUUAACUGGUUCUAUAACUGAUUCAUUCGAUGAUUGCUUGAAUCUUGAGAGGUUUCAAGUCCAGAACAAUGGAUUUUUGGGGGAAUUCCCUGAUGCAUUGUGGUCAUUGCCAAAUAUAAAGCUUAUCAGAGCUGAAAACAAUAGGUUGUCGAGUGAAAUACCCGAAUCAAUAUCAAUGGCUGCUCAACUGGAGCAAGUUCAGAUAGAUAACAACAGCUUCAUUAGUAAAAUUCCUUGGGGCCUUGGCAGGGUUAGGAGUCUCUAUAGGUUCUCGGCAUCUCUUAAUGGCUUGUAUGGCGAGAUUCCAGAAAACUUCUGCGAUUCACCCAUCAUGAGUAUAAUCAAUCUCUCUCACAAUUCACUGAUAGGUAGAAUUCCUGAGCUUACAAAAUGUAGGAAACUAGUUUCAUUGUCUUUAUCAGACAACAGUCUCAGUGGAGACAUCCCUACUUCUCUUGCUCAAUUACCGGUGCUGACCUAUCUUGAUCUUUCUGAUAAUAAUCUCACUGGUUCAAUCCCACAAGAGCUACAGAAUCUGAAGCUUGCCCUGUUCAAUGUCUCUUACAAUCGGCUAUCCGGUAGGGUUCCAUCAUCUCUAAUCUCAGGAUUUCCGGCUUCAUUCCUGCAAGGAAAUCCAGACCUCUGUGGACCAGGAUUACCCAAUUCCUGCUUGGAAGAAAGACCAAAGUCCAUUGGGCCAACCAAACUGACAUGUGUAUUGAUAUCGAUUGCUUUUGCUGCUGGUCUCAUGGUUGUUGCUGCUGGAUUUUUUGCGAUGUACCGAUCCUACAAGUUGAAAUCUCACCGUGGAGCUUGGUGCUCAGUGUUCUAUUAUCCUCUAAGAGUCACUGAACAGGGUUUGAUUAUGGGAAUGGAUGAGAAAAGUGCCAUUGGUAAUGGAGGAGCUUUUGGAAGAGUUUACAUUCUCAGGCUGCCAGGUGGUGAAUUUGUUGCUGUAAAGAGGCUAAUGAAUUUUAAGAGUCAGUCUUGGAAAGCUUUGAAGGCUGAGGUCAAGACAUUAGCUAAAAUCAGGCACAAGAACAUCACUAAGCUUAUGGGGUUUUGCUAUUCCGAAGAUUCGAUACUUCUUAUUUAUGAGUUUGCACAUAGGGGGAGUUUAGGGGACUUGAUUUGCAGGUCAGAUUUUCAGUUAGAGUGGAGUAUUAGGUUGAAGAUUGCCGUUGGAGCUGCUCAAGGACUGGCUUAUCUUCAUAAGGAAUACAUUCCACACUUACUGCACAGGAACGUCAAAUCAACAAACAUCCUCCUUGAUGCAGAUUUUGAACCAAAGAUCACAGAUUUUGCACUUGACCGGAUUGUUGGAGAGUCUGUUUAUGUGUCAUCCAUGGCUUCUGAAUCAGGGUCUUAUUGUUACGUGGCACCAGAGCAUGGAUAUAUCAAGAAAGCGACUGAACAAAUGGAUGUUUACAGCUUUGGUGUUGUGUUAUUAGAGCUCAUCACUGGUAGACAAGCUGAGCAGCCAGAGUUUGGGGACUCCAUCGAUAUCGUGAAAUGGGUUCGGAGGAAAAUUAAUGUGGCCAAUGGAGCCUUCCAGGUCUUGGACCGCAGGGUCUCCAACACAUCACAGCAUGAGAUGUUGGGUGCUUUAGAAGUUGCCCUCCGCUGCACUUCCGUCAUGCCUGAGAAACGACCAACAAUGUUUGAGGUUGUUAGAUCACUUCAGUCCCUUGACUCCAAAGCCCGAUUCCAUUCUGUAUUUCCUGCUAGUGUUGAGUUAUGCUCCCCUAACGAGCAUUCAGAAUCAAGCAGAGCUUAAACGGAAUGACUUCCUGUGCACAUUUUUUGGUUUUUGGGUUUGUAAAUUCAUCUCUGGUUCUUGUGUUUCAAUUUUAUCUGUUUCAGAAUUGGUUUUUGUAAUCAGUUCCAGAAUCUCUCUGGGAUUUUUAUAAAUAGUGAUGCAUUUUGUUUAUAUU